AUGAAGCUUUUCACAGGCCUCAUUCUCUGCUCCUUGGUGCUGGAAGUCCACAGUGGAUGGUUUUCCUUCCUUGGUGAGGCUUACGAAGGGACUAAAGACAUGUGGAGAGCCUACUCUGACAUGAGAGAAGCCAAUUACAAAAAUUCAGACAAGUACUUCCAUGCCCGGGGCAACUAUGAUGCUGCCCAAAGGGGACCUGGGGGUGUCUGGGCUGCUGAAGUGAUCAGCAAUGCCAGAGAGAAUAUUCAGAGAGUCACAGACCUUUUUAAGCCUGGAGACAGUGGCCACGGACUGGAGGACUCGAGGGCCGACCAGGAGGCCAAUGAAUGGGGCCGGAGCGGCAAAGACCCCAAUCACUUCAGACCUGCAGGCCUGCCCGACAAGUACUGA